AUGCCGAACUCAGGCAGUGCCGAGGGUGGCGAGGCCGCCCCGCCGCUGAGAGAAACUCGCCUGUCGAAGCGGAAGUCCACAGAUGGAGCCGUGGCUGCAGAGGCAGCCUCAGUGGUAGCGGAGGCCGCGGCCAAGAGAGGCAGGAGGCCUGCGGCUGGCGGCAAGAGCCCCUCCGUGGGCACCAGUGCAGUUCCCCACGCGCCAGAGGCCCCCUGCAACGGCCACGCGCACCACCCUAGCCGUUCGGCUUAUCUUCCUGUGCACAGGGAGUCAGAUGCGGAAACUAAAGAAGCAAUUAUUAGGUCGGAAAUACCCAAGUCCGUAGUCAAGGUGUUCUGCACCCACUGUGAGCCCAACUACAGCCAGCCAUGGACAACUCGCCGACAAACAAGUUCAACAAGCACUGGAUUCGUUACUGUGGACGCGGGGGGCUCUCACUGCAUACUCACAAACGCUCACUCAGUGGACAAUGCUGCUGUGGUUCAGGUGAGAAGACGCGGUGACCACCAAAAGCACGAGGCCAGGGUCAUUUGCAUUGGCUUGGACUGCGACCUCGCGAUGCUGCAAGUGGACGACCCGGACUUCUGGGAUGGCAUAGGGCCCCCACUGGAGUGGGGCCCCUCUCCCUCCCUUGAAGACCCCGUCACGGUAGCUGGUUAUCCUUUAGGUGGAGACAAUUCUUCAGGCGUUGUCUCGCGCACAGACUUGCAACAGUAUUCCAUGGGCUCCUGCUGGCUUUUGGCCAUACAAAUUGACGCGGCAAUCAACCCGGGAAAUAGCGGCGGCCCAGCUCUGAACAAGGAAAAACAAUGCGUCGGCAUUGCUUUCCAGAGUCUCAAAGAUGGAGACACUGAGAACAUAGGUUACAUCAUUCCUUCAGAGGUGGUGGUGCACUUUCUGGAAGACUUUCAGCGCCACAAGAAAUACACGGGUUUCGGGGAUUGCGGAUUUACUUGGCAGAAACUGGAAAAUCGGUUCAUGAGAAGCGCCCUUAGCUUGAAGUCAAAACAACAGGGAGUGCUUGUCAAAAAGGUUGAUGGAGCGUCGUACGCACGAGACGUGCUGCAACGCGGUGACAUCGUCUUAGCUGUGAAUGGCAACCGCGUGGCUUCUGAUGGAAGCGUUUCCUUCCGGAAUGGCGAGCGUAUUCUCUUCUCGUGGUUGUUCGCCCAGCUUUUCGUGGGAGACAGAUGCUCCCUCACAAUCCUGCGGAGAGGGAAGCAACUUGAAGUCUCUUACGAAGUUGGAAAGGUUAAUCUACUGGUUCCAGCUACUAACGACCUCCCUCGCCCGGAGUAUCUAAUUGUUGGAGGCUUAGUGUUCGUCCCUCUAAGCGAGCCCUUCCUCAAAAGCGAAUAUGGCGACGACUUCGAGAGCCGGGCACCGGUUCGCCUGUUGGAUCGUUGGCAGCAUGGAAUGCAGCAAUUUCCCGGCCAGCAAUGUGUCAUCCUUACUCACGUGUUAGCUCAUGAAAUUACCGUUGGAUUUGAGCACCUGCACAACAUACAAGUUGUGGCCUUCAAUGGCGAGCAAGUGAGAACUCUGCGUCACUUGAAGGACCUCGUAGAGGCGUCAACUGAUGAAUUCUGGAGGUUUGACCUGGAUCAUGAGGAAGUGGUGAUCCUCAAGGCGGCAUCUGCGAGGUCUGCGUUGAAAUCAAUUUUGAGUCGAAAUCUUAUCCCAUCGCAUAAGUCUGAAGGUCUGUGA